AGGCAGUCAAAAAUUUACGUAAACGCGCAUACGCCCAGUUAAACGCGAAAUGAACUGCCGCCGCAACUUGCCCUAUAUAUUGGGCACUUUGGCCCUUUUGCUAUCCGCAGCACUCAUAGUCUUUGCCAUUAUUGUGGCACAACCCAGCGAGCCGCAGAAUCGAAUGCUAAUGGUGGAAAGCAUAAGCGAUGAGCAGGAGUAUGAACCUUUUGCGUUGCUGCUGCUGGCCACAACAACAACAACAAUGAUGCCAAUAGAUUCUUCUUCCGGGUCAAUGCUCGAUAGUGGCGCAAUGCAAAUAGAGCAUUCUACAAGCUCGAACAUAUACGAGGAGACAACGGCCUGGAAAACACUGACCUCGCAUCCCAACUCACUGGUGCAAUUGCUGCCGUCGCGCGCCAUGCGUGUGGUGCAGGAGGUGGUGCGAUCACUGCGGAAGGAGCGCGAGAUUGUGGCCAACACAUCGCUGGGCAAGGUGCGAGGUCGCUACCAAAAGUAUCGCUCAGGCGAGCGGGGCGGCUACUACAGUUUCAAGGGCAUGCGCUAUGGAGCGCCACCAGUGGGCGCCAGACGCUUUCGCGCUGCAGAGCCAGAGAAGCCAUGGAUGGGCAUUAGAGAUGCUUCACGCGAGGGCUCCAGCUGCCCGCACAAGAACAUGAUACUGGACACAUUCAAGGGCGAUGAGGAUUGUCUGUUUAUUAAUGUGUUUACUACGCGCAUGCCCAAGGAAGAUGCCACGCACGUCAAGCUGCCUGUCAUGGUUUGGUUGCAUGGCGGCGGUUUCAGCUUUGGCUCUGGCAACUCUUUUCUAUACGGCCCGGACUAUCUGGUAGCUGAGGAUGUUGUGCUAGUUACAUUUAACUAUCGCCUGGGACCCUUAGGCUUUCUAACAGCUGGCGCUGAUGCGCCUGGCAAUCAAGGACUGAAGGAUCAAGUGCUGGCGCUUAAAUGGGUGCAAGCUAAUAUCGCUGCCUUUGGCGGUGAUCCAGCACAGGUUACCAUAUUUGGUGAAUCUGCUGGCGCUUCCUCUGUGCAGUUUCUGCUGCUAUCACCGCUAGCCAAGGGUCUGUUCCAGCGCGCUAUAUCGCAGAGCGGCUCAGCUUUGAAUCCCUGGUCCAUGGCCGAUAGCUCUGCAACGCGUGCAGCGCGUCUGGCUGCCAAUCUGGGCUAUGUGGGUGCCAACAACACAACCGAAAUACUGGAAUUUUUGCGUCGAGUGCCUGCCAUGAAGCUGGUAGAGGCAGCACCUACAACACUCACAGCGGAGGAUCAACGCAACAACAUUGGCCUGCCCUUUGUGCCCGUUGUGGAGGGCUAUUGGAACAAAGAUGCAGCGCAGUCGCCAGAAUUUCUGGAGGAACCUUUUCUCACUGAACAUCCCAGCGAUAUGUAUGCGGCUCACAAUUUCAACAGCAAUGUGCCCUAUAUGACGGGCUACAAUACGCACGAGGCCAUGUUGUUCAUCAGAAGACUGCGCAAGAGUCCGCAGCUGCUGAGCAUUAUUGAGAACGACUUUGGACGUUUGGUGCCUCACGAUCUGAAUUCAACAAAUGUGCACGAUAGAGUGACGCGUGAGAUUCGCUCCUUCUACUUGGGCAACAAGCAUGUGGGCCUGGAGUCUGUUGAGGAAAUGAUUGCGCUGCUCACCGAUCUCAUGUUUCUGCAGGGCAUACGCCGCACUGCUCGCAAUCAUGCCAAGUACGGCAAUGCGCCUGUUUAUAUGUACCGCUUUGCUUUUGAUGGCGCCUUGGGGCUGUACAAACGCAUGCUGGGCAUACCCAGACCUGGAGUUUGUCAUGGCGACGAGAUGGGCUAUCUGUUCAAGUUUGGCUUCUUCAAUUUGAGCUUGGAUCCCAAGUCGAUGGAGGUGCAGGUGAAGAAUCGCAUGGUGCGCAUGUGGACAAACUUUGCCAAGUACGGCACGCCUACGCCGAGUGUUGAGGAUCCACUGCUGAGCACCAAGUGGGCGCCCAUUGAUGCUGCCAAUGUUAUGAAUAGUCUCAACUAUUUGGACAUUUCAAACGAAUUGAAUAUGAAAACAAAUCCGGAGCCAGAGCGGCAGCGCUUCUGGGAUGAAAUGUAUCAGCAUUACAAUGGUGCUGCUAUGUAGUGCUUCCUUACCAUUCAUCCACACAUACAUACACACACACACACAUACACAUUUUGUAAGCAUUUUGCCAUUCUGUGCGCAGAAGAAAUAUUUAAUGCAAAUUUUUAUUGUAAUAUUUUUUUAGUUUGUAGUCAUUUAGCGUUUAGUUUGUAUAUAAGUUCUGCAGCAUUUAUUCACAUUUAAUACACACACACAUUUACACACACAAAUAUGAAUAGCUGUAGUCUAAGCAACUUACUUUUAGCAUGCCCAAAGCCAACAAGCCUUUCCUUACCUAACUUACUCUUACGCAAUAUCAGGUGUAAAUAGUCAAAGUCCAAAAUGUCAAUGUCAAUAUUAAAUUCUACAAUAAAUCUAUUAUCUGUGUGUGCUGGCCUAGCGCUGGCACGCGUUUUGU